UUUAUGGCCACACUAAACCCGACUCCAGCUGUGCGGAUCAAAAAAUUAUAAUCAGAAUCAGUAUUAUAAACGCACAUUAUCCCCCAAGCCAAGCGAUCGAAAUCAAAAGAUAAACCACUGCAUUUAGGCUACUCAACAGGGAAACAAUAACAAGUAAAUUUCCAGCGGAAAAAAGCUAAAAGAAAACUAUUGCGGCAAUAGGUUACUUACCCAUUGGUAAGUAAAUAUAAUUGCUGCAAUGAUAUCGUGAAUUCGCAGGCCUAUCAAAUUUGAGAUUUGAAUCAACUCUUUAUCACUUACCCCAGAAAGCAGAAGCCAAAAACGUCGCAAAAAUGAAACCGAAAAGCUGGCGGCAUAAGCGUAAAUAGUUAUUUGCCCAUUGAUAACCAAAGGAGAUAGACAUUACCUUUUGAGAGUCGGAAAAAUUUAAACAUAAUCCGUUUGGCAAGCAUUCGAAAAUCAGGCGGAAAAUCAUGCUGGGUCGCACCCAAAAACUGCUGCUGGGCAUAUCCAUACUGAUACUAGUCGAUGUGGUUUGGGUCUCCUCCAGCGAGUUGACCAAGUUUCUGUACAAUGAGGCCAACUUUGAGAAGCCCUUCUUCUGCACUUACUUCAAAACCUCCAUGUUCAGCAUUUAUCUGCUCGUCAUUGGCAUCCUGGCGCCUUGGAAAGAGUCCUGCGAGCGUCAAAAUGGAAACUAUGCUAUGAUGGAGCAGAAUGCUGAUGACGAGAACUACUACUCCAAUCAGGCUGUUUUGGGAGACCCCACCUACGUGCCCAUCAGAUCGCCUCAUCAGGGAGCCCCAUCUCCUGGCAAUGGCACCUCCAAUUCGCUGUCCGGCACCGAAAGCGAUGACUCCAGUGUGCGGAGUGUGCGCUUCAGUAAGAUGGCUGAGGUCAGGGAGAUGUCCGCCCAUGAGGCCACCGAUGCCUUGAUGGCCCGGCUCUCGUAUGCGGCCAGUUUGAGGAUUAGGCGGCAGAAGACCCACCACAAGACGGCCAAGACGGCGCUGCUCUUCUGCCUGCUCUGGUUCGUGGCCAACUACUUCUUCCAGUUGGCCCUGGAAAUGGACGAGACGGCCAUGAUAACGCUGGUGAGCUCAACGUCGUCGUUCUUCACUAUCUGCCUGUCGGCUGUGUUUCCCUCGGCAAUGGGCGAUAAGCUAACCAUCACCAAGGUGAUUGCCGUGGCCAUGAACAUUGGCGGCGUGGUGGCCAUCACCAUCAACGAUCUCCACGACACGAAGAUGACGCGGGGCGUCCUUUUGGCCCUGUUCAGUGCGUUCUUCUAUGCCGCCUAUCUGGUUUUUGUGAAGCGAAAAAGCGAUACGGAGGAAAAGGUCGAUAUACCUUUGUUUUUUGGUUUCGUUGGUCUCUGGAAUCUGCUGCUAUUGUGGCCCAUUUUCUUUAUUCUGCACUUCACCAAGAUCGAGACCUUUGAGCUGCCCAGUCAGGGUCAGUUUGCCCUGCUGUUCCUGAACGGUUUGAUUGGCACUGUGCUGGCCGAGGCGCUGUGGCUCUGGGGCUGCUUUCUCACCUCCUCGCUGAUUGGCACACUGGCCAUGUCGCUGCAGAUUCCGCUGGCCAUCAUGUUCGACGUCCUGCUGAAGAACAAGCCCUAUUCGCCGAUGUUCUACAUGGGUUCACUGCCCAUUUUCGUGGCCCUCAUACUCGUAUCGCUGCUGAUGCGAAACGACGAUUCCGAUCCGCUAAUGAAGCUGUUCAGGAUUGUGUAUAGAAAACUCUGCCGUUGCCAUAAGCCAAGUAUUGUGAGGGUCAACGAUGACGAGCAGCAGGAGUCGCUGAUUAGCAACAGCGAUUAAGCGGAGGCUUUUUUUUUGUGAAAAUCGCGCUUCACACACUUUGAAUGUUGCUCAUUGCAAUGCAAUCUAAAAACUUGGCUGUUCACGAGUUCGUUUCGAAUCGUUCUUUAAUCUAUAGGGACAAGUCUUGCACAAUUCCCACUCGGCCCCGAUUUGUGUUUCUCAUUUGUGCAUUUUCCGUUGGAUAUUACUAUGUUGCGAUCUUACGUACAACUAUUUAUUAUAACCUUACAAGUGUAUUCUCUGUAAAUAGCUUUAGCCAACCACGAAUACCGUUUAUCUAUGUGAUAGUCUACAAACGUUUUGCUGAAGUCCACCUAUAAUUUAUUGUAUUUUCUCGGUACUCACACUGCGCUUAGCUGUAUAAUUGUUGACUUCUCAAUACAAGAUGGAUAUAAGAAGACACAUACACAUAUUGAUAACUAAUAACAAUAAAUAAAACUUGUCUACCGUAA